AUGUCGAUCCUCACAUCUUCCUGGUUCAUUGCUGCUGUUAUCCUCGCUGGCUUGGCCGUCCAGUCAGUUCACGGAGCAAGUCUGGGGACGAAUACUGAGGACGUUGCUGAUGCAAAUGCCUGCAAAUGCAAAUUGAAACUUGGAGACGGAACAUUCGAAGGAACAAAUUACUCCGCGAAGGAAAUCGAUGAAGCCCUUGAGAAAUACAAGAAUUUGGCGAAGCUGGGCAAGAAGGACUUCAUGGGUUUCCCAAAGCACUUCGGCGGCAAAGAUAAUAGUGGAAACCUAGUGUUUCCUGAUGUGAAGGCCUGCGUACCGCCCCUCCAAGAAUUCCAGAUCCAUAAAGCAGGAUCAGGGGACUCGCCUCCCAAGUCGGCCGAUCGUAUUGUAAUCGAUGCCAAUGGAGUCCUCUGUGGAUGCAUGACACACACCGGGAUGAAGAACCCAAAUGACUUCCAGGCUUGUAACUAG